CACGUGAAUGGUCAGCAUGCUUCAAUUGUUGAUUGUCACAGAACAGAGUUGAUACGACGUUGUUGUGAGACAGAAACGUCAAUUGAAAUCUACCAUUCUAAAUCUUGUCAGUCAAGGAUGCUCAGCAUGAGACUUUUGAAGCAGUUCAUAGUACCAUCUAGACGAAUAAACAUUAUGUCAGCAAAGAGAAAUAAACCUCCAAGUACUGAUCAAGUACCUAAGCCUGAAACUAGUACAUCAGCAUCUACAACAGUUAGUGGGCAAGCAACAGAAUCAAAUCCUGUCAAUGAUAAUGUUCUAGGAACUAAUAUGCAUUAUGUGUCCACUUUUGAUAAAUAUGUGUUAGUAUGGGUUAAAAAAUAUCCUAGUGUAGAUCAAGUUCCAAGAAUGGUGCCAUGGAGUACUAUGCAACACGCAAAUACCACUGGAAGAAUUCGUGUAUGCAAUAUAAUGAUUGUUGUUACAAUAAUAGCUUUUAUAACAGCUGUUAUGUCAGGAAAAAAGGAAGCUGCAGGUGGAAGACAUGUGUUCGGAGAAAGAUUGCAAUGGAUUCAGGAACAAAAAUUGAAGGGCAUUGUUGAAUCUGAAAAGAAAGCUGAAGCUGAAGCUUUGGCUAAGAAAUAAUAGUAGAAUGACAAUCUAAAAAUUUAAUAGCAAUAUAUUGAAAUACUCCUUUCACCACUUUAUUAUUAAAUAUAGUUUAUAACUUCACAGUAUUGAGAAAGCAAUAUAUAUUAUAUUGGACACUUAAGAAACUUUGGAGCAUAGAAUAUGUAUAAAAUGUACAUUGUAUAAUAAUUUAAAUUAUUCAGAGUAUAUUUUGAAAUAGAUGUACAUUGUUUAAAAUUACUCUCUUGUUAUUACUUAAUAAAGAUGCAAAUAAAGAAGACACAUGAAUUAAU